GAAGGGUGGACGUGCAGCCAUGAAGUUGCCUUUCUUCAUCUUGCUUGCCAUCUGUUUGAUCGAGUCAAUAUUCGCAAGAAACUUUUUCCACCGCCGCAGCCACCACCACCACUACCACCACCAGAAAGGUUCUUGCAAACCAGGCUGGACUUUUUUUCGAUCACACUGUUAUAAGUUCUUUGGCCAGAGAGUAGACUUCACGAAGGCAGAGGAAAUUUGUCAGGGACGCAAUGCGCAUCUGAGUAGCAUCACUAGUUCCGAAGAGUUCACAUUUUUGGUCGACUAUUUCAAACAACAACCAAUGUUCGGAAUGUCCGCAUGGAAUAUCUUUGCAUCUCGAGGCCCAGUUUUUGGGCCAUGGGUCGGUAUCACGACAGCGAAGAAAAAAGGGAAGGUACACUUCAAGUGGCUCGACGGCUCCAAGAAUACGUACAAGCCACCCUUGGAUUCCAAACAUAUCAACGGAGCAUCUCAUGGUCGACUUGCUGCCAAAUGGGGCCAAUUCAAGCUGCGGUUUGCUGCGUCUGACUUGACGUUCCCCUUUAUCUGCAAAAAUAACGCCGAGAUAGAGGUAAAAGCUGUUAAAAAAGGUGGCCCAGCUUGUCGACAAAAAUGGAAGCAGUUCAAUGGAUACUGUUACAAGUUCUUCAAACGUCAGUUGAAGUUCUGGGCUGCAGAAAAGGACUGCAUCCGUAAGAAGUCGCACUUGACCAGUAUCCACAGCAACGAGGAGUUCGAGUUUCUUGUCAGAUUAUUUACACGCGUACAGGGUGGUCUCAAACGAGUGGGCAAUUGGCUUCACAAGGGAUUCACGCCAACAGGACCAUGGGUGGGAAUACUGAUAAAAAACGGGACAACAGGGAACACCGCCCAGUUUACCUGGACGGACGGCUCUGACACCAAAUACCGCCCACCAAUGAGUAUGGACAACAUACCCAGAGGUUCAAGAGUCGCGAGAUUGGUUGAUGUUCUUCUCGUGUAUAAAGUGAGAGAUCAUUCCGAAAACACAGAAUUUCCGUACAUUUGCAAAUAUAAAUUAGCAUCUUCGUUGAAAAACACGACUAAGAAGUUGAAGUCAAAGCAGACAAAAUCGAAGCAGAAGAAAAAGCAAUCACGCUCGACACCGACUACAACUACAGUGACACCGACAACAAGACAACUAAAAGUCCAAUGCGCUACGAAAUGGUUCCGCUACGACAACCGAUGUCACAGGUAUUUCUCCUCGAAGCUAUCUUUCUUCAAAGCAGAGGACUUCUGCAAGAAGCAAGGCGGCCACCUAAGUAGUAUCCACAGCAGAGAGGAGUACAAACUGCUGAUGACUCAAAUGCCGAAAGGAAAUCAUCCUAUCGAAAAUGCAUGGGUGGGUAUGAAGGUCCCCAAAGACCAAACGGCCGGUGACUUCAUGUGGACGGAUGGGUCUUGGAAUGACUACGCCCCUCCUGCGAAGUUCGAUGGUAAACCAGCCGGGGCGAAUGCAGCCAGACUCAUCAUUUACCGCGGGAAACGGAUGGGCUUGUAUGAUACGUUGGGGGCAACACCAUAUCCAUUCAUUUGCCAGAGGAGUCUCAAAGAUAGAAAUGGUAACACGGUGAAGUCGACCAGGACUAAGAAGCGACCAACUUUUACCUGAUGAUGACCUAAAAUUUAAAUAGAAAGUGUUGGCAAUGAUAGCAGCCUUGACAGUAAAAAAUGGCAUCAUCAAAAGAUAGAAAAGCUUUUUUCAUCCAAAUACAUGUACUGUACAUACAUUUAGCAAAGAAACAGUGUAACAUGUUUGAAAAAUGAACAUGAAAUAGUACACAAUUGCACAUACAUUGCAGCUGUAUCACCUGGCUUAGAAAAGUCAAGUCGGAGCUCUAGUUUUCUGAAUGUACACUAGAGUCCUCGAUGAGCAAUGUUGAUAAAUAAUUACAUUGUACAUGUACUUUGUCAGUCACCAAGACGUAGUAUCUUUUUAAAUUACCUGUCCCAAAUAUACAUCCCCAGUGCCAUUUA